UGUACACGAGAGCAACAUUAUAAAUAAUAAAAUAUUGGUCGGAUUUUUGUGUAGUCUAAAACGUUUUCAAGCCAUACACAAUCUAAAUUUAAACGUUAAACGGAGAAGUCAGUGGGUACAACACACAACAGACGAGACGAACCUUUUUCUUUCUCACUGCUUGGUCGGGGAAAAUGUCUCGCGAAGUAUAGAAUAAUAAUUUUGCAUUUUUUUUUUAUCUCGGUGAAUAUUCUGAAGUGAUUUUCGGCUUUUCCCCAAAUGUGUUUUCUCGCAAAUUGAAUGUGUUACUUUAGCUGUUACCGAAUAAGGAACUAAUUUGUGCUUGUGAAUAAUUAUCGUUGUGAUAUCAAUCGCAAAGUGUAAAGCAACACAUUAAAUCGACAAAGAAAAUUGUCCUUUUGUAACGGCACAAAUACGACAAAAAUAUGGAUCCAGAAGCAUUUUUGGACAUGGCCAAUCAGGUCAUCAAACUCAAAAUGUUCCCGUAUUUCGACAUUGCGCACAGUUUACUCUGUGCAAUUGCCGUGCGUGAAGACUUAGGUGCCGGCGCGCAAGGAUUUUCUAGGAAACAUCCGUUAGCCUGUUGGCUAUCGACGAUGUUGAUGAUAUUUUCUGGCGGUAUGGUGGCCAAUGGAUUAUUGGGCGAACCGAUAUUAGCACCACUCAAAAACACACCUCAAUUGCUCGUGGGUACAAUCGUAUGGUAUGUUGUGUUUUAUACUCCGUUCGACAUUGGCUAUAAAGUCGGAAAAUUUCUGCCCUUCAAAAUAGCAGCUAGUGCCAUGAAAGAGAUAUACAGAUGUAAAAAGAUCCAUGACGGUGUCACACAUGCAGCAAAAUUGUAUCCUAACGCUUACAUCAUUAUGAUCAUCAUUGGCACAUUGAAGGGCAAUGGGGCCGGCUUUACGAAAUUGCUGGAACGAUUAAUUCGAGGAGCAUGGACUCCAACAGCUAUGGAAUUUAUGCAACCCAGUUUCUACACCAAAGCUUCCGUUGUAGCAUCCAUCAUUUUCGUAUUGGACAAAAAAACGGAUCUCAUUUCAGCACCGCACGCACUCGUCUAUUUCGGCAUUGUCAUAUUUUUGGUGUAUUUCAAACUGUCGUCGAUUUUAUUGGGCAUUCAUGAUCCGUUUGUGCCGUUCGAGAAUCUAUUCUGUGCGCUGUUCCUGGGUGGCAUUUGGGACAGUUUGGCGAAAUUGUUGGGACGCGGACAGGCCAAGGAGGAGACGAAAGACGUGAAGAAAACGAAUUAAAUUAAGAGACGGAACAAAAUUGAACAAGGAGAAUAUGCAACUUUAUCGAAGCGCUUCGACCAAAAAUGUAAAAUUAUUUUUUUUACUUUCGGAAAUUAUCUCACGCCGCCCCGUUUAUGUUUUUCAUUUUAUGUUUAAAUAUUUUUGUAAAUACCUCCAUUCAGGAUUAGUUUUUUUUUUGUUAAUUUAUUAUAAAACCAAAAUGAAUUCUGUUGAUUUUAGGACUAGCUGGUGGGUGGCUCGUCCUAUUAUUGUAUUCAGAAUUGAUGUAAUGACGUAAUUUAUUUAUUUAAAUUUAAAUUAUUUUUUUUUUAGUUUUAAAUUUUGUUAAUUUAUUUUCAAGUUUUUUUUUUCGUUUCCUGAAACAUUAAUUUUAAGAUAAUAAUUGACGGAUGACUGUAAACUUACGUAUUUUGUAAGGAACAUUUGGUUUUUAAUUUUUAAAUACAAAAUGGCAAACAAAAAGUGUUUUAAAAUAACUG